CAGGGGUGUUCCGAAUUGGUCGAAUCCAGUCAAGGUCGUGUCUGGAAGGUCUCAGAUCUUUCGUCUGGAGGACACAUUCCACCAAAAAUGGCAAUGGAAACGGAUGGCGUGUUUAUGAGAAGUGACAGGGAGCGUAUCUUCAGUAAUCGUAACGCUCUGAGUAGGAAAGACAGCAUCAUGACUGAAUCUGGGAGAGAGGGACAGGAAUUAGCAUGGGGAAGUGGUAUGGGGAAAGCCAUUGGCGUUUUCACAAGUGGAGGGGAUUCCCAGGGAAUGAAUUCCAGCGUGAGAGCUGUAGUAAGAAUGGGAGCCUACCUGGGCUGCAAGGUUUUCUACAUAAAGGAGGGAUACCAGGGGAUGGUUGAUGGGGGAGAAAACAUCAUGGAGGCCACCUGGGCCAGCAGCUCGGGGAUCAUGCAGAUGGGAGGAACUGUGAUAGGAAGUGCCCGCUGUAAGGACUUCCGUGAGAGGGGAGGGCGUAUGAAAGCUGCUGAGAACUUGGUCAAAAACAAUAUCACAAACCUGGUGGUGAUUGGUGGAGAUGGCAGUUUGACAGGUGCCAAUCUCUUCAGGAAGGAAUGGGCGGAGCUUCUGGAUGACUUACUUAAGAAUGGUUGCAUCACCCAACAGCAGAGAACAGAUUGCUCCCACUUGAACAUUGUGGGAUUGGUGGGCUCUAUUGACAAUGAUUUCUGUGGGACAGACAUGACUAUUGGGGCUGACUCCGCCCUCCAUCGUAUUGUAGAAGCUGUAGACUGUAUUGCCACCACUGCCUCCAGCCAUCAGAGAUGCUUUGUUCUGGAGGUGAUGGGCAGGCACUGUGGGUACCUAGCGUUAGUGGGAGCUCUGGCUACAGAGGCGGACUGGGUGUUUAUCCCUGAGUGGCCUCCGGAGGAUGACUGGGAGGAAACCCUGUGUAAAAAACUGGCAGCUGAACGAGCCCUUGGUCAGAGACUCAACAUCAUACUGGUGGCUGAGGGGGCCACAGACAAGAAGGGGAAUGCCAUCACAGCAGACAUGAUCAAAAGGGUUAUCACUGAGAAGUUGAAGUAUGACACCCGAGUGACAGUCCUGGGGCACGUACAAAGAGGGGGAAAACCCACAGCCUUCGACAGGAUUCUGGGUGCCCGUAUGGGAGCAGAGGCGGUCCUUGCCCUGAUGGAUGCCACCCCUGACACCCCGGCCUGUGUGUGCUCUCUGGACGGUAAUCAGACGGUGCGGGUGCCUCUGAUGGAGUGUGUAGAACGAACACAAGCUGUACAGAAGGCCAUGAAUGAGAAAAACUUUGAUGAAGCAGUAAGGCUGAGAGGAAAGAGUUUCCAGAAUAACUUGACCACCUACCGAAUGUUGAGUAAGCUACGACCGCCAAAAGAAAAGUGUGAUAUCUCUGGAACGACCUGUGCAACUGGGAAGAAACUUGGUGUGAUGUGUAUAGGGGCACCUGCCUGUGGUUCGAAUGCAGCGGUCCGGUCAUUUGUUAGGGUAGCACUGACCAAAGGCUACACUGUGCUGGGCUUCCACGACUCGUUUGAUGGACUCUUAUAUGGCAAUUUGACAGAGGUUAUAGAUCCGGUAAAACCAAUGAGCUGGACAGAUGUCCAUGGCUGGUCAGGCAUUGGAGGCUCUCUGCUUGGAACUAAAAAGUGUGUUGGAGCAAAGUAUGGUAUGGACAAAAUUGCAGAAAAAUUCAAAGAAUAUGAUAUCAGUGGGUUACUGAUUAUCGGAGGAUUUGAGGCAUAUCACAGUGCUCUGCAGAUGGCGGAAGCAAGAAAUAAGCAUGAUGCUUUUUGUAUCCCUAUCGUGGUGGUUCCGUGCACGAUCAGUAACAACGUUCCAGGAACGGACUUCAGCCUCGGUGCGGACACAGCGCUCAAUGAAAUUACUGAUAUCUGUGAUAGAAUAAAGCAGUCUGCAACAGGAACAAAGAGGCGUGUCUUUAUUGUGGAAACCAUGGGAGGGUACUGUGGUUACCUAGCAACAAUGAGUGGAUUGGCAGGUGGUGCAGAUGCUGCUUAUAUUUUUGAAGAGGAUGUUAAUGUCACAAAGCUUAGGGAUGAUGUAUUCCACUUGAAGGACAAAAUAGUCAACAUGGGUGUUCAAAGAGGACUUAUUCUGAGAAAUGAAAAUGCCAAUUCCAACUACACGACUGACUUCAUUGAGCAUCUGUUCUCCGAGGAAGGGAAAGGUGUGUUCACCUGUCGGAAGAACGUUCUGGGACACAUGCAACAGGGAGGCAUGCCGUCGCCGUUCGACAGGAACUUUGGAACCAAAAUGGCAGCAAAGGCUCUUCAGUACAUGUCCGAUGCUGUUCAACAGAACAUGAAUGCGUCGGGUAAAGUCUUCAGUAAAGAUCCAUCGACUGUAGUUCUCCUCGGAAUGCAGAAACGUCACCUGACCUUCACCCCCGUGGAGGAACUCAAAAAGAUGACAGACUUUGAACAUCGAAUUCCAAAGGACCAGUGGUGGUUAAAUCUUCGCCCUCUCAUGCGUAUUCUUGCCAAGCACAGAGAAAAGGCGUACAUGACAGAAGGAGUGUUGGCUGGAGUAGAUGAUAUCGAGGAUGAGGACAACAUUUAAAAUUCACCCCCAAAAAGUUCCAGAUCCAACAUUUUAUUCAACCUACAAAUCCAUCCCGCUUAACAUGUACCCAAGUCUGGCUGAAUUUCCCCAAGGUGGAUAUACAAUAGUUUUACAAUUAAAGCAUGUGACCUCAAACUGAAGGGAAUCACUGACUUUGAGUUAUGUCACAUCAUGCACACAGCUAAAUUUUAGUGUAUGUCAUGAAUGGCUACAGUUAUCAAGACUUGAAUACUUCUAAUAGUGAUAUUACUAGUGAUCCAUAGAGUGACAUUACUAGUGAUCCGUAGACAUUACUACUGGUAAUUAAUCUGUAGAGUGACAUUACUACCGGUAAUUGAUCCGUAGAUUGACAUGACUACUGGUAAUUGAUCUGUAGAGUGACAUUGCUGAUGUUAAUUGAUCUGUAGAGUGACAUUACUACUGGUAAUUGAUCUGUAGAGUGACAUUGCUGAUGUUAAUUGAUCUGUAGAGUGACAUUACUACUGGUAAUUGAUCUGUAGAGUGACAUUACUACCGUUAAUUGAUCCGUAGAGUGACAUUACUACUGGUAAUUGAUCUGUAGAGUGACAUUACUACUGGUAAUUGAUCUGUAGAGUGACAUGACUACUGGUAAUUGAUCUGUAGAGUGACAUGACUACUGGUAAUUGAUCUGUAGAGUGACAUGACUACUGGUAAUUGAUCUGUAGAGUGACAUGACUACUGGUAAUUGAUCUGUAGAGUGACAUGACUACUGGUAAUUGAUCCGUAGAGUGACAUGACUACUGGUAAUUGAUCUGUAGAGUGACAUUGCUGAUGUUAAUUGAUCCGUAGAGUGAUAUUGCCAAGUGAUCCGUAGAAUUGGAAGGCAAUGAGUUUUUUUGCAAAUUACUCGCCUUUCACUUUGAAGCAUUAGAGUGUUGGUAGUUUUAGCAUCCAAUGAAUUUGUUGUCUUUUUGCCAGAAAUUGAAUUGUUCUGUUCAAACAGAUUCCCUGUGUAACAUUAGAUGUUUGUUAAUGCUAGUCUCCAACAAUGAGUUAAUGUAUGACCAUUGCCACCCAAAGGACAUGUACCAGUUUAACUUGUAUUAAAGACUGAAUAUGUGUUUAGGUAGAAAUAAAGUUCAUUAUAGUUUAUGUUUAUUACUUUCAGGUUGCUUUCUACAUGUGUAUUUCAGUAUUUGUUAACCUUGGCUGCUUAAUACAAGUUUUACAAAUGAAGAUAGUUGUUCAUGUCAAUUUAGUUAGGCCUGUUUUUAUUUUGUUUUUCUUGCAUGAUGAUACUUUCCAUACUUAUACAGUGUUGCCUACUGUAAAAACCACCAUGCUGAUAGCUUGAAAAGUUAAGGACUAACUAAUAAACACAACUAAAUUGUGACUGUUUCACGAAGACAAAUAUUUGAGAGGAAGUGGUGGUCACAUUGCAUUGGAGCCCUUGUCCUACUCUUCACAGACUCCAAGUACUCCUGCUGUUACUUGUUUUCAAUUUAUUUCAAAAACUGCCACACCAAUCUGCCUGUGACAUCCAGAAGUUUUAGUGUGUGAAAUAGAUGCUAAUUAGGUAUUGUUGGAAUAUAAUGCAUUUAUAAAAGGUUUGUUUUGCUUUGUGUAUUGCCAUAAUUUGCAUGUUGUAGAUGCAUGCUCUGCGACAUCUGUUUAAUGACUAGACAUUUGUAGAUGCAUGUUCUGACAUCAGUAUAAUGACUAGACAUUUGUAGAUGCAUGUUCUGACAUCUGUUUAAUGACUAGACAUUUCCCGAUGUUGGUGUGUAAUUGUUGUUGAAUUAAUUGUUUAUAUUUUGUUAGUGACUUACUAAGUUGUGAAUGGUCAGGAUUAACUUUAAUACUAUACAAUUGUAUGUAAGAUCUGAUAUUUGGAUCUGCGUAAUGUUUUCACUGGAGCUUUUAAAAUAAAUGCCCCUGUUAAUUAACAUUAUAUGUGUAAACAUUUGUUAUAAGAUGGUCUAAAAUUGUAACUAAGAAUACUAAAUCAAUUUUGCCUUUCAUUUUGAUUAUACACUAUAUAGCACAUGGAAAAAAAGUACAUGUUUUAAAUUUACCUGGUGUGUCCACGCGUUUUUCUUAAUUUUGAAGAUUUACUCCACAUUUAAAAGUUAAUAAGGACAUAAGCGAUAUUUCUCAAUAAUAUAUAUAGGUUUUCGUGACAUUUCACAUACGAUUUACAUGCAUUCUAUGUCGCUUCUACAAAACAUUUUGGGGUACAUUACCGUGUCUGUUUUCGAGUUGGCACAUUUUGAUAGUUCUUGGUUGUUGCAAGAAAAAAGGUGAAGUCAGCUCUAAUGUAUUACAGUAAGUUGUAUAAAUUACUGUAGCAAAGAAGGAGAGAAAAAUGUUGGGAACAAUCGGGUCCUUGCAUUACUAGUUAGAUGAUCCAGCCACUUGAGCUACCCAGGCUGACAUACAAAGUGUGGUUUUAUUACUACAACCUACAGUGGAAAUCUUACAAGAACUCUUCAUAUCAAAGAGAUGAAAAAAUAAUUCUAGAGAAAACAACACGAAUGUUGUGUAUGUUCUUUAGGUGUGUCUGAGACAGUGUUCAUACGCGUCAGUAAACAGUAUCCUGCAUUUUAAAGGGACAUGGACACAAUUUCAGCUUAAAAUUUCAAAUUUUAUUUUUUGAUUUUUAUUGUUUAGAAUUCUUAACUAACGUAUUACUAAUGAUCAGCAAAAAUUUGAAUGUCAGUAGUCAAGGUACAUGGGAGAUAACAGAGGUCACAAGUCCUUGUUAUGUAAACAAGGCUUGUGCCAUGGUUUUGUUUACAUAGGUUAAAUAAACUAGUAAACAAUUUGUUUAAAGCAGAUUUCUUAAAUUUAUAAAGGAAUUCUUAACAAAAUUAGAUAUUUUCUAGUGUUUGGCACAUCUCAUUUUGUUUUAAACACGCUAUUUUCUAUUAAACAGUCUAAUGUAAACAAAAACAUGACACGAGCCUCGUUUACAUAGCAAAGUAUUGCGAGUGCUGUAUCUUACUUAUAACUCAAUUUUAACAACUGAUAUUCAAAUUUUGGUUGAUCAUUAGAAAUACUUCAGUUAACCAUUGUAAACAAUAAAAAUGGAAAAAUAAAAUCGGAAAAUUUCCAGCUCUAAUCAUGUCCAUGCACGAAACUAGACAUGUACAUCAUAUUUUAUAAUUUUUGUUCAAAAGAGAUGUAAAAACAGUGUACAUGAUAACUUUGUGUUGAAAUGUACAGUGCAAGUACCAGAGUAAAUAUGUUUCAUGGUUGUAAUAUUGUACCAGUUCUAAAUGCAAGCUACGCUUUUGAAGCAUGUCCACAUGUCAAUUAUUUUUGUUAUAUACAUGUUGGCAAGCUUUUAAUUGCAGUGUUUAUAUAUUUAUUUUUUCAUAUUAAACCUGAGUCUUGUCCAAUAGGAUUGUAUAUUAAAUUUACAGGGUGUGAUAUCAAAGCUUUUUAUCCUACAAUCCGAAGGCAUAAUUCAAAAUCCGGUGUGGAAUCUUUUGAACACAACUGUAACUGCUUGUAAAUCACAUGUUAGCUAAUCCAGCCUUUACUUGUUUCAAUUAAUUUUUUUCUUUUGUUAUCAUAAUAAAGAAGUAAAUAUUCAAAAGUU